AUGGUGGUUAGAGUUGGCAGAGGGAGUACACGAGUGUAUCAGUACACUGACCAACCUGCACCAAUUCGAAACCAUGAGGAGUGCUCUCGUUUUGGACAAAUGGCUUUAGCUCAAAAUGAGCCCAUGUAUGGAGUGAAAGGCCUGUCUGCCCUCUACAUUUUACCAUCUUAUGACAUAGUGAAUGGGACAACCAUUGACUACAUGCAUUGUGUAAUGGAGGGAGUUGUUAAAAAGAUGAUUAACUUAUGGUUCAGUGCUGUCGGCCAGCCUUACUACAUUAAACCACAAAUGGCUGAAGUUAAUGCUCGGCUGUUGGAGAUAAAGCCGCCGAAUACAAUUACUCGAACCCCUAGAUCUUUAGAUCAAGCCAGCAAGUGGAAAGCUGAAGAUGAUCUUCUGUCUACCAAAGAUAUGCUGGAAAUAUUUUGCCGCGACUUUGAAAGGCUGUAUGGAACUCAUACUUGCACUAUCAAUGUGCACCUCCUGAGGCACCUCACACACUACGUUGCUCUCUACGGACCUUUGUGGACACAUUCAUGCUUUCCUUUUGAAUCAAUGAACGGAAAGCUCUUAAGGCUUCAUAAUGGAACUCAACAUGUUUUGCAACAGGUCAUCACCAACUGGGAGCUAUUAAAAGCUAAUGAUGGGGCCCAACUUACAAAUGAUGCUCCUGAAGAAGCUCAGCGGAUGUUGUGUCAGCUCAAUAAUAAAGAUCAUGAGCACCGUAACUGGAAAAAAUUAAAUGGAAAAUGCUAUUGCAUUGGAGCAAUGAGGUCAGAGCAGAUCACAGAGAUAGGAUGUGGCCUGAGGGAAGAAGAGGGACAAGUGUUUACAAGGGUGUGGUUGAAAGGAGAGAUUUACAUGAGUACUAGGUAUCAAAAAGUCCAGAAAAGAAACAGUUGUGUGGUGCAGUUUACUGAUGGAAGUUAUGGGGAAAUAAAGUAUUACUUUGUGGACAAAACAGAAAAAGUCAUGGCAGUCGUCUCGCCAUUCAUUAAGCAGAAUCCUUCCUUCUCCUGUAAAAAACUUGAAGAGUUUGUAUUCCCCGUAACAAAGGAAGAGAGAGUAAUUUUAAAAGAAGUAACAGAUAUAAGCAGAAAAUGUGUAUUGAUUCCACUACAUCAAACAUAUCUGUGUAGAAUUCCUAACUUCAUUGAAACUGAUUAA